UUUUGGCGCUUGCGGCAUCCCGUCGGCCGCCGCCGCCCCUGUGCGCCAGCCGGCGGAAGCGUGGCGCGGUCACAGAUAUGUCGCUGCUGCGGUCCCUGCGCCUGUGCCUGGUCGCGCGGACGGGGAGCCACCAGGCGGGAGCCCUGCUGCUGCGGCGGGCCCAGCCGGGGCACGCGUUUGGGGCUGCGCCCCGCCCCUCUUCCUCGGCCGCCCGCAAGGACCUCCUUAUGCAGCUGCGGCGGCGGACAGGCUACCCCUUCGUGCACUGCAGAACGGCCCUGGAGGCGUGCGGCGGGGAUCUCGGCCAGGCAGAAAUCUGGCUCCACCAGCAUGCCCAGAAGGAGGGCUGGAGCAGAACUGCCAAGCUGCAGGGGAGGAAGACUAAGGAGGGCCUGAUUGGGCUGCUGCGGGAGGGCAGCACCGCUGUGUUGGUGGAGGUAAACUGUGAGACGGAUUUUGUUUCCAGAAAUUUAAAAUUUCAACAGCUGGUCGAGCAAGUAGCCCUGGGAACCAUGUUGCACUGUCAGAGCUUAGACAGUCAACGCUCCACAUACAGCAAAGGCUUCUUGAAUUCCUCUGAGCUUUCUGGACUUCCAGCUGGGCCUGACAGAGGCGGCUCCCUGAGGGAUCAUUUGGCCUUAGCAAUUGGGAAACUGGGAGAAAACAUGAUCCUGAGACGAGCUGCGUGGGUGCAGGCGCCGUCCGGGUUCUACGUUGGCUCCUACGUCCACGGAGCGGAGCUCAGCCCCUCCCUGCACAACCUGGCGCUAGGGAAGUACGGCGCCCUGGUGGUCUGCGAGACGGCGCAGCGGCAGGCGGACCUGGAGGACGUCGGCCGCCGCCUCGGGCAGCACGUGGUGGGCAUGGCCCCACUCUCCGUCGGCUCGCUGGACGACGAGCCCGGGGGAGAGGCAGAGACCAAGAUGCUGGCCCAGCCGUACCUGCUGGACCCCUCCAUCACGCUGGGGCAGUACGUGCAGCCCCGCGGCGUGUCCGUCGUGGACUUCGUGAGGUUUGAGUGUGGAGAGGGCGAGGAGGCGGCAGAGGCCCAGUAGGCUCCCGAGACUCUGCCCGGGAGCAAGUGUGUGUCUUUUGCUCUGGACGUCAUGGCAGGCAGUUGCUUCCUGCGCCUUUUUAAAGCCCUGAAUUGUGUUUUCAUUUAUGAUGACAUUAUGUACUUCGCAGGUAGUUAGUCAAUAAAACAGUGAAAUGGUA